GAGCUGAGGCGGGGAGAAGCCGACUCGGGCUGCGCCGGUUCUCCUCGCGCCGCUCGCUCGGCCGCCUUCCCGCGCCGCCAUGCUGGUGCCCGUGUUCACCCUCAAGCUCAACCACAAGAUCCUGCCUCGCAUGGUGGCCCUGGGCAAGUACGACGGCACCCACCCCUGCCUCACGGCGGCCACGCAGGCCGGCAAGGUUUUUAUCCAUAAUCCCCAUGUGCGUGGCCAGCGCAUUAGUACAAACCGUUUGGUGCUUAGUACCCAGGAUGCUGAUAUUUCUCUUCUGAACAUCAAUGAGGCAGUCAGCUGUUUGACUGCAGGAGUGCUGAAUCCCGACCUUGGCUGUGAUUCCCUUCUUGUUGGCACACGGACCAGUUUGUUGGCAUAUGAUGUGCACAACAAUGCUGACUUAUUUUAUGCCGGGGUUCCUGAUGGAGCAAACACGAUAGUGCUUGGAACGUUAGGAGACAUUUCGUCACCUCUUGCUAUUAUCGGUGGAAACUGUUCCUUGCAGGGCUUUAAUCAUGUAGGAAAAGAUCUUUUCUGGACGGUCACUGGUGACAAUGUUCGUGCAUUGGCAUUGUGCGACUUUGACGGUGAUGGGAAAAAAGAGCUUCUCGUUGGAUCUGAGGAUUUUGACAUUAGGGUUUUCAAAGAAGAUGAGAUUGUGGCAGAAAUGUCAGAGACUGAGACGGUCACUGCUUUAAGCCCGAUGUGCAGCGGUCGCUUUGGCUAUGCCCUUUCUAACGGAACAGUAGGCAUUUAUAACCAGAUGGCCCGUUACUGGAGAAUUAAAUCUAAAAACCAGGCAAUGAGCAUACAUGCAUUUGAUAUCAACUCUGAUGGGGUUUGUGAGCUGAUCACUGGCUGGUCCAGUGGGAAGAUUGAUGCACGUAGCGACCGAACCGGAGAGGUCAUCUUCAAGGAUAACUUUGCUUCCUCAGUUGCGGGAAUAGUGCAGGGAGACUAUCGAAUGGAUGGUAAUACCCAGUUAAUCUGCUGCUCAGUUGAUGGUGAAGUACGAGGUUACCUGCCAGGAAGCCAAGAGAUGAAGGGAAAAUUGGUGGAUACGAGUGUGGAUCAGGACCUGAUUCGGGAGCUUAGUCAAAAGAAACAAAAUCUGCUGCUAGAGUUACGGAACUACGAAGAAAACUCAAAGAUUAAGUGGCAAUUGCAAACAGGAAUCAGACAUGAGCAAGUGGAAUUGAACACUCAAGUGAAUGAGGUGGAUGGGCAAAGGGGCGUGAUUCCAGCCAACACCCAGCUCCAGACGGCGCUCUCAGUCAACCUGGGCUCGGAUAGUGAAUCUGCUCACGUAGAGUUAUGCAUUUCCACGUCCAAUGACACCAUCAUCCGAGCAGUGCUGAUCUUUGCUGAAGGAAUAUUUGAAGGUGAGAGUCAUGUGAUCCAUCCUAGCCUUCAGAACCUCUCCAGCUGCAUUAAGGUUCCCCUCAACCCUCCCAAAGAUGUUCCAGUGGAGCUGAACAUCAAGGCCUUCGUUGGUUACAAGAGUAGCACGCAGUUCCAUGUCUUUGAGCUGUCAAGGCAACUCCCUCGCUUUUCAAUGUAUACGCUGAGCAGCCCAGACUCAGCUCCUGGACCUCUAAGCUUUGUACAAUUCACAAUCAGUGAGCGGGUACAAACGGUCAUCAUGUGGCUAAAACAGAGUUUCCUGUUGCCAGAAGACAUGAGGAUCUCAAACGAGUCCUUCGAAGUCUGCUUCACCUCCCUGCGUGAUGCGGGGCAGCUGUGCGUCAAAAUGAAGCCCAGCGGGGAGAUCUCUAUUAACACUGACAACAUCGACCUGGCUGGCGAUAUCAUCCAGUCAAUGGCUUCCUUUUGGGCAAUCGAAGACUUGCAGGUUGAAGCAGAUUUCCCAGCCUAUUUUGAGGAGGUGCGCAAGGCCCUAAUUGUGGUGGAUAACUCUCAUGCUGUCUGUCAGAAGCUCACAGCCAACAUGGCUGACAACUCUAAUCUCAUCCGUAGCAUGUUGGUUCGAGCAGAGGAUUCACGCCUCAUGGGAGACAUGAAAAAUAUGAAGAAACGGUACAUCGAACUGUAUGAUCUCAAUAGGGAUUUGUUGUCCCAGUACAAGAUUCGCUGCACCAAUCACACCGAGCUUCUAAAUAACCUCAAGGCAAUAAACCAAGCUAUCCAGCGAGCAGGACGCCUGCGGGUUGGUAAGCCUAAAAUGCAGGUAAUUGCGGCUUGCCGUGAUGCUAUUAAGAACAACAGCAUUAAUACGCUUAUCAAAAUAAUGCGUGUGGGUACGACCUCCUCUUGACCACAGACUGGAGCAGAAUGCAUUGGGAUGAUCUUUGCAUCCGCCUGCCAGCCCAGUGAGAUGGACUAAAAGGUGUAGCAGCAGAUAGGUUGUAGCUUAUCCUGUCAGAUCAGCUUCCAGUGACUUCUUGGUAAGCGGAAGCCCAAUGGAGCAGGAUGUGUGCAUAUACUCCUGUGAAGAAAAAUUACCGUAAUAAACGUAGCAGAAGCUGAACACUGCUGCUGUGGUGCUAGAGAGAAAGAGGAGAAACACUGAGUUCCUCCUUUAUAAAGAUCAUGCUAGUGGAGAGAUGUCGUAGAAUUUCCAAUGAAUGGACCAAAGUCUAGAACCUCAGAUAGCUUAUAUAGCUAUGUAAAGGCGUUAUUAAAUUACUAGUAUCUUGCAGCACAUAGACUCUUCAAUAAAACAAACAGACCUCAAUUUCCCUCUUGUCUGUGAUGUUUGGGUUCAUUUCACAUGA